AGUUACAAAAAAAAAUUAUUUUUAAUUUUAUAUUUAAAAAAUCAUUUUUCAAAAUAAAAUUUAGAAAAUAAAAUUUUUCCAAAUAGUAAAUAAUAAAUUUAAAACUAAAUUUAUAUUAAAAAUGUCGGAUUUAAGCCAAUCAAGACGUAUUUUUUUCAUCAUUUUCUUGUUUGGAAUUGGUAAAAGUAAUUUUCUCGGUAAAAUUCUAAGCAUUGGAGGAACAAAUGUGGGUGCUGUUGAAUAUCAAUGCACAGAUGACAGUGAUUUUUCAUCAAAUGCGUUAAAAUUAGUUUUAAAGUGGUAUCGAUCAAACAUUAUUUCUGAAGGACUGCCGGAAUUAAAUUUUCCUUCCUUGGAACCUCUCAAAAUCAAUAAAAUCAAUUUCGAAACGAAAAAUAAACAAAUUGGAGAUUUAAAUUUGGAUCUGACAAAUCUGACACUGACGAAAUUGGCGACGUUUGAAAUAAAGAGUGCCUGUAUGUUCUUCUUCAGUCGAAGAAUAAUAGUGAAUAUCACGGUACCGGUAAUUUAUGCAAGUGGAAAUUAUAAUUUAUCGGGUGUGAUGGAGAAUCUCUCGCCCGGUAAAAGAAUCGAUUUGAGUGGAUCUGGACAGAUUGAUUUUUCUCUCAAUAAUUUAGAAAUUUACGCUCAUCUCGUCAUUGGUUUAGGAGAUUCGGCAUAUUUGAAGCAUUUUGAUUUUGAUUAUUCCAUAGAAAGAGUGAAUUUGAAUCUUGAAAAUUUAAUGGACACAAAGAAGCACGUCAGUCUAAUUAUGAAUCAAGUUGUAAAUGAAUUAUUUCCCGAAGCUCUUAGACAAUUGAAACCCGAAAUUUUGCCAUCAUCGCACAAUUUUCUCAAAGAGAAAAUAAACAAUAUUGUUAGUUAUCUAACAUUCCAGAAAAUGUUUACAUUUAUGUUGAAAAUUGCCGCAGAUUCCUAAAUUAACAUUUUUUUAGUUUACAACUGUGUAUAUUGAUAUAUUUUUAAUUUAUUGUUAGUGUAUUUUUAUUAUUUUAUUAUUUUAUUAUAAGCGUCAGUGUUUUC